AAAAGUCCGCCAACUUCUCGCGCGCCGUGAAUCUCUGCCGAGGACUGGAUAUGACGCCGGAGUGCAAAGUGCGUGGGAAAAGACUGUGAAGCGGUCCAGGCGACCACUUAGGAAAAUGAAAAUUUUAUGACGCACCUGCAAAGGUACCCACAUGACAUAUUAACGAAGCGCCGAAGGACUUUUGGUGAGUGCAGAGCAGUUCGAAUGAACGUGUCGCGUUUGUCAGUGCGUAAAAGUCGGAGUUGAGCGUCAGAGUCUUGUGAAUUUUUCACCAUCCGCAACAGUUGUUUGAGCCCUUCUUGCGCACGGGUGGCGAAGAUGGGCUGCAGCUCGAGCCAAGAGGCAAAGUUGGUGCCCACAGAGAACGGCGAUGCCACGAAAGUGGAGCAAGAUAAUGCCAAAAGUGGGGGAAAAGUGCUAAAGUCGGAAGAUUCUGACACAAUUGAGGAGUUUGGCGAUGAUGCCGAGGAAGCGGCCACAAGGAUUCAAGCAGCUUUUCGUGGACACAAAGUGAGAGCCACCAUGAAACAGGGAGACGCCACUGCCGUCAAUGGUGCACGGGAAGAGUCCAAAACCGAGCCAGAGCCCACCAAGCAGGAGCUCGAGGCGGAAUUCGAUCCCAAUGACAAAGAGCUUUGCGAGGCUGCAACGCGGAUUCAGGCCACUUUCCGCGGCCACUUGGCGCGCAAACUGGCCACCGGUGCUGAAGUGAAGGACGACGAUGAUCUUUCGGAGAUCACGAAGAAGGUUGCCGAAGAGUUGGAUAUCGACUUGAGUGAUCCGGAACUGAACAAAGCGGCCACGAAAAUCCAGGCAUCUUUCCGGGGCCACAAAGCUCGCAAAGGCGAUGGAAAGGAUUAAAUUAGCAACUCUCUUACUCUCUCAACCCACAACAAUUAUACGUACUUCUUGAGAGAAGGAAUAACUAUAAAUACAAGUGAAAAAAAUACCUUUAACAAAAUAUUUAGCAGAAAAAUUUAAAAAGUGAAGAAGACAGUGAUGAAGAGUAUAUAAAAAGAAAAUGUUCUAUAGAAUUGACGCUCAUUUCACCCAUAUAUAUAUGAUGAGAUCUUGUUUCUGGAACGAGAGACCGUAGAUUUUCAGAGUUCUCCUUCUCUUCGGCGGAAACCAUGUCAAUUUAUGCCUUUUUGUAUCACCAUUCUGGCAUUUUUGGGUGAAUGGCGGAGAGAAAUCGAUCGGCAAAGUAGUGUUUUCAGUUUGGUCAUUGAGUCAUUUUCCCCCAGACAGGCAAAAAAAAAGAGAAAACAAUGUGAAUAAAAACCAGUACAUUCGUUCAUCCCUCAAUGAAAAGCUCUGUGACUUUUUAUCACAAUGAAAUUUCUUACCUCUUUUUACCAAAAGAACAUGUUAAAGGAAAAAAAACAAGAGUGAAAACCUGGGAUUUUUCUAUAGGAAGCCUAAUUGAAGUAAAUCUUCUCACAUCAUGUGUAUUUUCUUUUUCCUCCCCCCCCAAAUAGAAUGUAAAAUUGAGUGCUUUAUUGAGAAUUAUUUAGGCUAAUUAGAAUAAUUUUACACGCAAUAGAAAUCCUUUGUUUCUCGCUUUAUGAAAAUGUAUUAGCAAUUUCUCCCCUUAAAUGAUUGAAAAUAAAUUCUUGCCAUAGGACAA